GGCGCGAAAUCCAGAGGGCGCUAGCACAAAUAAACUGUGGCACAUGGGUAAAGACGGUCCUCUUUUAAUGCAAAUGAUCUACAUUUUUUGGCACCUUUCGGUGGUCUGAUUGUUUUAUGCUGUAGGUGAACAACUGCUGCAAACAAAGUAGUUAACAGUUGAUCGGUUGCCCUUCAGUCUGAGUUAUUAAUUCCGUUUUAUAGUGGCGGUUCAGUGGUCAUCCGUUGCGAUGUCGGAGCCCAAAAUAUCUCCGAGUGAUCCGCUGAAGCUUUGGUACAGCAUAAAGGGCGAUGUCAGGACAGCAAAAAGUGUCGCCUUGGAGUCACUGACACUGCAGUCUGUCGACCAUUCUGUUUAUGUCAUGUUGCAGAUGAACUGCGACUUCAUCAAAAAGUUCGAGUUUCUGAACAUUUCAGAAAUAAUAGUCACAAAUCUGCGAAAUGGCAUGAGCCUGAUGGAGAUCUCUGAUUGCUUGAGAAUUCUUGCGAAGUAUGCCAAAGAGAUGUUGAAGCCUACAAAAGAACGGUACAAGCACUGGAAUAAGAUCCCCUUUAUGAAAGCAGGUGCCCCACAGAAAUGGACCAGGAUGGAUGGCACAAAGACAAUUCUCAAACAACUUGGCUAUACACAGGAGACAUCAAAAGGCUACAUUUUUCCACUGCAUUCAUUUGGGCCACCCUUGAAUGUGAUCAAGAGCCUUUCAUUGGAACUGGCCCUGGCUGCUGCAGAGCUGUCAGUCUUCUACAACAACCACCAUCCCCACCCAGAGUAUAUACGUAACAUUAUGUGUCCUGGCGGGUCCCUUCUGCCUUCGGCUUCAACCACUGAGCGCAGAGAGUUUAACGUUAUGGACCUUCUUGCAGAAGUGGGAAAUUCGGCCAACCUGAGGGACCUGACUCAAGCACCCAUUCCUGCACAGAACCUGAUGAGCCCAUCACCGCACAAAGGCCGUGGCAGGCCCCCAGCAGUGACGCGGGCAUCAGAGGUGGUGGCUAACUGUGCUGCAGCAUGCAACUGCCAUGCCUACUAUGACAGCUACAAUGCCCAGCCGCAGCAGUUGCCGGCACACCAGCAACCACUGCACCUGCAGACUCCUGGCCAUCUUCAGCCAGCCCACCAGCAGCAGCAGGAACUGCAGCGACACCAGCAAGAGAUUCAGCGACACCAGCAGGAGCUACAGCAACAGGAAAUGCAGCAGCAGCAGCAGCAGCAGCAACAACAACAGCAACAGCAGCAACAACAACAACAACAGCAGCAGCAGCAGGCAGACCAGCAGGCCCAACAGCAAUCGCAGCAACAGCAGCAGCAACAGCAGCAGCCACAGCAACAGGCACAGCAGCAGCAAGCACCUCAGCAGCCUCAGCAAGACAUUCAGCAGCAGCAGCAACAACAACAACAACAACAACAGCAGCAGCAGCAGCAACAGCAACAGCAGCAGCAGCAGCAACAGCAGCAACAACCUCCCCCACCACCACGGGAGUCCCAGCCAUGAGGGGAUGCAAGGAAGGUGCCAUUGAUUUAUGCACCUCCUUUCAUUUCUUUUCUUCAGUUUUACUGUUUCUAGCGGGGGGCAAGUUGUCUCUAAUCAUUGUUUAUCUUGGAAAACAUUUUCAGAGUUUUUUUAUUCUUCUAGUUAAGGCAUCCUAGAUGCUAAAUGCUGUUAAAAGGUAAAGCAUUGAGGACCUUGCCUUCAUGCUAAUUAAAGUUUAGGUUUACAGUCUGCUUGUUUUUUUUCUAAAGGGUUGAUUGCUGUAACUUUUGCUUUUCCUUGGAGGAUUAUCCUUUUUUGGAUACCCUCUGUUAACGGUAACAAACGGCAUUCGUUUUCUGCACUGAGAUUGCUACAACGAAUUUACUUUCUUCUUUUAUAUGUUGUGUUUUCUGAGAUUGAUACUUUCCUUUUUUUUAUUUUAUUUUUACUAAUUGGGGGUGCCGGUUCAUAAUCAUAUUCACAAAGCCAGGGCCUGACAUAUCCUUUGUUUUUUCUGUUGAAUAUACCUUUUUGGCAGGCCUAAACAAAACUGACUUGUAUGGUCCAUUGUUUGAAUGUUAUUUCAUUUGCAAGUAAAGCAAGCUACUUAAGGCCACUUUGUCCCUACUCUGCUUUCCAGCAGUCUAGCAUUAAUGGAAGUUGUUUAUCUAGCAUGCAUGUAUCUGAGUUUGAGACAUUGAAUGUACAUAGCACUGUAGUUGCUACUCCAAGCAAUACUUAGCUGUGUUUCAUUUUGUCAUGCUUUAACUGUGUUUCCUUCUUUCAUGGUGGAAAAGUUGAUUCUUUGGUGCAUCUGCUAUUCAGUACAUGUGUGACCUUAAAGCAGAAAUAUGUGUGUGGAUAGCGAGAUGUUCAAAGUUUUGGGACUGAAAUUACUUGUUCCGUGAUUACUUCAGAAAUAUUGCAGUAAAAGAGGGGGAAGUCUGUGAACACUCCUUUUUCUGUCACAGUGGCUUCAUUGUAACCAUUUAGUAUUGCUGAUUGGUUGUGUAAGUCUUCUUGUCUGGUGAAUGGUGUGAACAUUGCUUCAGCAUAAAUCAAAAUAGUAGUUCCUACAGGAAACAACACAUUCAUUUGGUUUUCAAUUGUGUUAGUGCCUGUGUGAAGAGUUAAUUGCUAAAAGGGCCCACUGUUAUAGUGGCUGGUUAUUACAUUCAACCUUCUAGUUACUGUGCUUUCUUUCAUGUUUUUUUUUUUUUUUUGUGGCUGUAUCAGUGAACCUUUCUGGUUUCAUCUUGCAAAGAUAAAUUCUGAAUGUGCAACUGUAUUCACAUUGUGCAGCCUGAAUGGCUGGUUUAUCUGCUCCUGUGUGCUGACCAUUGCAGCCUAGCUUUUGGAAGUAGUGUACUGUUAAAGCAGCAGACAGUGUUUUGGUGAAAUGGAAAAAGCCUUGCUUGCUCUUUGCACCUACAUUUACCAUGCAGCUGCACAUUUUGUUGUCAAGAAUAUUGUAUAGUGUGGUUCUGCAAGAGAGCUUGCAAGGUAACUGCUAUAUUAGUACUAGGCUGUUUGUUUGUUUACAAAUGCUGUGCCUCUAUUGGCAAGCAAGGGAAAGUAAAUAAAAUUGGCUAAUUCUGGAAGUCAUAAUAAAGUAAAAGUAGGCAUUGAGUUUGCCCUUCCUAGAAGCCAAAAGGCCACUGAACAGAAUAUUUUGGCAUUGGAAGGGCCCUAGACAUGCUUGGGAAAGAUUACAGGAAUGAUGGUUACAUCAGCCCAGAAUGGUUAGUGGCUGUAAAAAGAAUUCAAACACAGUUGGAGAAAUAACUGUUCCUUGAGGUGCCCACUUGGUGUUAAAUAGACACUCCUGCUUAGCAGCCAUGCAGCUAAAUACAUGUUACUUACAGGAUUGAGCAUUAUGUAUUAUGAGUUUUAUGUCAUGUCUUUCUUUGUUAAAGGUCUGUUCUCUUGCUAUUCUUACUUUGGUCAUGUAAUGCAAUGCUUGAUGUGUGAUACAUGUCUUCUUGUCUGUUUGCGUAAACAUCCAAAAUCAAAAAGCAUGUAAUGUGUUUUCUCUAUGUCUGUCCCCACAUAUUGAGUUUUUUUCACAAGUGCUAAGGUAGUGUUUCAUACUUGAGGAGUUCAUUAUUUGUCCUGGUUUUUUCUUGUACACAAUUCUUUCUUCUGUUUCUGAAUAUAAAAGCUUAAUGUUUUAGUGUAUUAUAUGUGCAUGCAGCUUUUUGUGUUGUAGUCUUGGCAUGUUUGUCACUUAUGAUGUUACAGUGUGUAUACAAUUUUUAGUGCUCACUUCACUUACAUGUCUCAUGCUUGUACAUUCCAUCUGUGACCUUUUUGUCUUUGUGCACUGAAAGUUUCAAAUUCGUUUAAAAGAAACACAGUCUGCACUAUGCUAUGAUGGGCUGUGACAUGCCAGGUCAUCUGGUUGAUUUAAUAUGACAUCUGAAGAGGUUUUUAUAUAUGUAUGUAUGUGUACUGGGAACAGCAGUUAAAAGCUAAGAAAUGGUAGAACAUGUUGGUUCGUUCAUUAGAGACGACCACCACUAGUGCCACUUUUCCGAGGCUCUUGAAGUCUGAGGCAUGUACCUCUUAGAGCAGGGGCGAUUCCUUGGGCUGUACAGAAUGUUGGGCAGUAAUUGAAGGAGGAAAAGUGGGUGUGAAAUAGUGAUUAGCAGUGCGGGAAUAGACCAACGGAAUGAAAAAUUCCAGGCAGUGCAGUUGCAGUAGCUGAAAAAGAAGUGUAGGCUAGGAAAUGGGCAGAACAUGCCUGUCCAGAGGACUUAAAU